GGUGGCAAAUGCAACAUGCUGUCCAGCCUGGGGUGUCUCCUUCUCUGUGGAAGUUUUGCACUAGCCCUGGGAAAUGCACAGAAAUUGCCAAAAGGUAAAAGGCCGAGCCUGAAAGUUCACAUCAACACCACAAGUGACUCUAUCUUCUUGAAGUUCCUGCGUCCAAACCCUAAUGUAAAACUGGAAGGUUUUCUUCUGGGAUAUGGCAGCAAUUUAUCACCAAAUCAGUACUUCCCUCUUCCGGCGGAAGGGAAAUACACCGAGGCGGUAGUCGAUGCAGAGCCUAAAUAUCUGAUUGUCGUGCGACCUGCUCCUCCACCAAGUCAAAAGAAGUCAUGCUCAGGCAAAACACGCUCUCGCAAGCCUCUCCAGCUGGUGGUUGGCACUCUGACACCAAGCUCCGUCUUCCUGUCCUGGGGUUUCCUCAUUAACCCACACCAUGACUGGACAUUGCCGAGUCACUGUCCCAAUGACAGAUUUUAUACAAUUCGCUAUAGAGAAAAGGAUAAGGAAAAGAAAUGGAUUUUUCAACUCUGUCCAGCCACUGAAACAAUUGUAGAAAAUCUAAAGCCCAACACGGUUUAUGAAUUUGGAGUGAAAGACAAUGUAGAAGGAGGAAUAUGGAGUAAGAUUUUCAAUCACAAGACUAUUAUUGGAAGUAUAAACAAAGUAAACGGGAAAAUUCAAAGUACCUAUGACCAAGCAAACACAGUGCCAGCAUAUGUCCCAAGGAAGCUGAUCCCAAUAACAAUCAUCAAGCAAGUGAUUCAGAAUGUUACUCACAGAGCUUCAACUAAAUCCCCAGAUAGGACUCCCAUUGGAGGAACAAUACUGGUCCACCUUGUUAUUCCUGGUCUUAAUGAAACCACCGUAAAACUUCCUACAUCCAUAAUGUUUGAGAUUUCAGAUGCAAUCAAGACACAAUUAGCUAAGAAUGAAACUUUGGCAUUACCAGCUGAAUCUAAAACACCAAAGGUAGAAAAAAUCCCAGCACAGCCCAUAACAGUUCUCAGCGAAAAGACCCCGGAAAGAUCGCAAACUAUUCUAAUACCUAGGUUUGAGUUACCACUGAGCACUCUAGCUCCGAAAAGACUUCCAGAAUUUCCUCAGGCAAAAACACCCUUCCCUUUUGAGAAACCUGGGGGCGCCUUGGCUUCGAGUGAAAAGCCAUGGAUUGCACCUAUAACUAAAACAUCUGAGGAUUCCAAAGUUUUACCACCUCAAACUGCAGCUUAUGACGUUUUCUCAAGCCCUACAACGUCAGAUGAGCCUGAAAUAUCAGAGCCCCACACAGCUCCCCUGCAAACUACACCUAAACGACGCCUCAGGCCCAAACCACCAAGAACCAAGCCUGAAAGAACCAAAAGUCCUGGAACAACUACUUCUAAACUUUCUAUGAGCCCUGAACCUACAUGGACCACACUGGCUCCCAGUAAAACACAAUUUAUUUCUUUGAAACCUAAAAUCCCUCUGACCCCAGAAGUGACACACGUCAAACCUGCCCCAGAACCUCUGACUCCAACACCAUCACAGUCAACAAUAGCCUUAGAACCUGGAACACUGGAAACCAAACCUUCAACAACAACAUUAGCUCCACCAAAGACCAAAAGACCAGGUCGUCGCCCCCGCCCCAAAACCACACGUAGCCCAGAUGUGCCCAAGUCCAAACCUGCUCUGCAACCUGCUACGGUACAACCGGAGCUCUGGGUGCCCACAGUCGAUUCAAAACCACCAAAGCAAUUACUUCCUAAACCCCAAACCACAGCAAAACCAGAUAUGCCAUCAACUAAAUCCGGCUUUGAGCCUGUUACAUUGGAGGCUGGAGCUCCUUCCAUAACCAUAGUUCCUGCCACAGACAUUGAACCUGAAAGUCUGAGAACUGCGGCUCCCUGGACAACAUUAGCUCCAAAAACAUCCAAACGACCAAGAACACGUCCUCCACGUCCCAAACCUUCAAAACGUCCCAAACCUUCAAAACCUCCCAAACAUGCCAAACAUGAAACCACGCCGAGCCCAGAGGCACCUGCGACCGCACUAGCUCCAACAACAACAAAGAGACCCCGUCGUCCACGUCCCAAACCUAAAAAACCCACACCCCAGCCAGAAGUACCUCAGAUUCCACUGGUUCCUGCCACAAUCUUUGAACCAGUUAUUCCUAGAACCGAAGCUCCUGGAACAACACUAGCGCCCAAAGUGCCUGAACAAACUCAGCAUCCACGUCCCAAACCUAAAACCACACCGAGUCCUGAAGCUCCUCAGACCGAACUAGACAUUGAACCUGUCACUCCUGGGACAUCUUUAGCUCCAACAACAACAAAGAGACCCCGUCGUCCACGUCCCAAACUUAAAAAAACCACACCCCAGCCAGAAGUACCUCAGAUUCCACUGGUUCCUGCCACAAUCUUUGAACCAGUUAUUCCUAGAACCGAGGCUCCUGGAACAAUACUAGCUCCCAAAGUGCCUGAACAAACUCAGCAUCCACGUCCCAAACCUAAAACCACACCGAGUCCUGAAGCUCCUCAGACCGAACUAGUUCCUAUUACAGACCUCGGACCCGUUACUUUUACAACUGAGACCUCUGGGACAACAUUAGCUACCAAAGCAUCAAAAAGACCCCAUCGUCCACAUCUCAGACCUAAAACUACACUGAGCCCUCAAGUACCUCAGACCAAACCUGUUCCUGCUACAGUCCUGGAACCUGUCACUUUUAGACCAGAGGCCACAGGAACAACAUUUGUUUCCAAACCAUCACAGCGGAAGGGUCGUCCAUGUCACAGACCAAAAACCACACCAGGUCCUGAAACACCUGAGUCCAAACCAGUUUCUACUGCAGACUUUGAACCAGUAACGUUCAGCACUGAGGCUUGGGUGACAACACAAGCUCCUAAGCCAUCAAAACGGACCCGUCGUCCACGUCCUAAACCUAAAACCACACCAACUACUGAGGCACCUCAAACCAAACUGGUUCCUAUUACAGAUCUUGAGCCUGGUACUCCUAGAACUGAAGCUCCAGAAAUCAUAGUUCCCACUACAGACUUUGAACAUGUUAUUCAUAGUUCUGAGGCUCCAGGAACAUUAGCUCCUACUGAUCUUCAAACUCUUAUUUUGAGACCAGUGACAUCACCAAGUCUAGAAAUGACACAAAGUCAACCUGUUUCUGAAGGCCUGGAAUUUGUUACAUUUAGCACUGAGUCAUCAGAGGGAACUAGAGCAUCAGCCGAGACAGAUUAUGUAGAUCCCACUUCCAAAGCACCACUCAGGCCAGAGGAGCCAAAGACUGAAGUUGUGGAAUCUAUUACAAAUGUGUCUGAACCACCCGAGACCACGUUAGCUCCCAAGCAGCCAGCGCGCACUCCUCCCAAAGCAAAAACAUCUCCACGCCCAAGAGUCCCUCAGACACAGCCAGCUCCUAAGGUGUUCCAGCGUGUUACUUCAAAACCAAAAAUGUCACCAAGGCCAGAAGUGUCAUAUACUCCACCUGUUCCAGGAGAUGUGCUCCGUCCCCAGAAACCAGACCACGAAGUCUCUCAGAGCGAACCUGUUCUGCAGCCUGUUACCUUUAGAAUUGAUCCGCCAGAGACAACAAUAGCUCCUUUAGAGACCCGAAGCAGCUCUUUCAUCCCUAUGAUUUCACCAAGUUCUAGUCAAGAGGAUCUACAAACCACUCUGGCAGAAACAGACCAAUCCACCCAAGAUCUCUUCACAACUAAGAUUCCACGAACAACUGAAUUGGCAAAGACAACUCGGGCACCACAUAGAUUGUACACCACUCCUGGGAGGCCCAAAAUACCAGAAAAACCACCCCUCAGACCUGUUCUGAAUAAGACAACUACAAGACCUACUAGACCCAAACCCAAUGGGAUGCCCAAAGGGACUGAAAUGGGAACAGGGGUCAAGCAACCACCAAAGCCAUCAGGUGCUGGUAGAAAUGCGUCCAUGGACUCUACCCACUUCACAAAAAAACCAGCCAUAAUUCCAGGCACUCGCCGCCCACCCUUGCCACCUAGACCUACGCCCCCUCGAAGAAAACCAUUGCCACCAAAUAAUGUCACUGGAAAGCCAGGAAGUGCAGGGAUCAUUUCAUCAGGCCUAGGAACUUCCCCACCCCUGAGGGCAACACUCAGGCCUACCGGACCCACCUCAGAGAGAACAGAGAGAGACAAAAAGGAACCAACAGCUCCCGCCUCAGGAGAAGAUCUUGGUGAUAUAACUGACUUUAGCUCAAGUCCAACAAGAGAAACUGAUCCUCUUGGGAAGCCCAGAUUCAAAGGGCCUCAUGUGCGAUACAUUCAGAAGCCUGACAACAGGCCCUGCUCCAUCACCGACUCCAUCAAACGGUUUCCCAAAGAGGAGCCCCCAGAGGGGAACGCCACCAGCCCACCGCAGAACCCACCCUCCAACCUCACCGUGGUCACCGUGGAAGGAUGCCCCUCAUUUGUCAUCUUGGACUGGGAAAAGCCACCCAAUGACACUGUCACUGAAUAUGAAGUUAUAUCCAGAGAAAAUGGGUCAUUCAGUGGGAAGAACAAGUCCAUUCAAAUUACAAAUCAAACCUUCUCCACCGUAGAAAAUCUAAAGCCAAACACAAGCUAUGAAUUCCAGGUGAAACCAAAAAACCCACUUGGAGAAGGCCCACCCAGCACCACAGUGGCAUUCAGUACUGAAUCAGCGGAUCCGAGAGUGAGCGAGCCAGUUUCUGGAGGAAGAGAUGCCAUCUGGACAGAAAGACCCUUUGAUUCAGACUCUUACUCAGAAUGUAAAGGCAAACAGUAUGUCAAAAGGACUUGGUAUAAAAAGUUUGUAGGGGUACAGCUAUGCAACUCUCUUAGAUACAAGAUUUAUCUGAGCGACUCCCUCACAGGCUUUUUCAGAGCAGUUCGCCAGGAACCUGUCCAAUUUGGAGAAAUCGGUGGUCACACCCAAAUCAAUUACGUUCAGUGGUAUGAAUGUGGGACCACAAUUCCUGGAAAAUGGUAGAUGCUGCAAUCGUGUUCACAAGUGCCUUGUUUCAUCGUGGCAAAAAAUAAUUGCAAACACUAUGGUAUUUGUCACAUUCAUUUAAAGCUGUUCUGUUUACUAUGUAUAAAAGUUUAAAAUCUAAUUGAUAGCAGUAUUGGAUGUUUUUAUUAGAAAAAUUGCUGAGAAUAUUUAUCAGGUUUUAAAAAGUCAUUUUAAUAAAGCAAGAUAUUAACAGAGUAACAUUUUUCUGGGGAAGCUGGCUCCCUAUUCAUGGUAUUUUAAGAGAUUUUUUGUAUAUUAUUUAUCACAAUGUUGUAAUGUUUUGAGAUACUUUUAUAACAAAAUUAACAUCAAAAACUAAUAUACUUUUUAAAAAAUGUUUACUUUUAUUAAUGUGUAUUCUUCCUACUGGUGAGUUAAUUCCAUAAAUCUCUCUUUGGUUUAACUUAUUAGAUCAGAUUAACUUUAGCAUAUAUAUCUGGGGGUAAAAUUCACAUGUUUAUUUAAACUUCAGUUUUUUAGCAAUAAUUGAAUAUCUUUUCUGAAUGUUUAAAUAAACAUUUAUGUGAAUAUACAUUGCCUCAAAUAUUUUUAAAUUAUUAAAAAGUAAAUUUCAUUUCAGCUAAAAAUAGAAUUGAGAAUGACAUACUGUUUCAAAAAUACACAUUUUUUCUUACUAUACUCAAUUAUAUAUUACAAUAUCUGAAUAUACUUUGUCAAACUAUUCCUUCAAGCAACUGUCUUUGUACUGUUUUUAAUAUAAUUCUAAACAAGUUGUAUGAAGAAACUGAAUGUGAAGUCUGAGCUCAAAAAGAUAACAUAUGAUGAGAUCGCUGCCAUUUUACAGGAUACUUACUACAUUUUUACACAUAAGACUUCUAGGAAUGAAUGUAUCAGAAGAUGUUUUCAGUCUAACUUAACCUGUACUGACUCAGACUCAUUUUUAUUUAAAAAGGUAUUUUCCUCAUUUGGAGAGGGAGGUGGGAAUGCUGCAUUGUUGCCCUCAUUCUGAGAGGAUCCUUUCAACAUGCUUCAAUUUUAUCAAUGCUACAUUCUGUACUUUUCAAACAAGUAGAAACUGCAAUAAAGAGAUAUAGUGUUUUUUUAA